AUGUCGUCAGCCAUCCCAUCCGCAGAGCUCGAAGCUUCCCUCAACAACCUCAAGAUCUCCACCUCCUCAGCCAGCCCAUCUCCUUCGCAAUCGCCCGCUCCCAGGACCACAAAGCCAUCAAAGAAGCCCGUGACGAAGGCCGUCGCUGACUCGUGGGAGGACGACGCGUCCGACUCGGACGGGUCGGGGACCGAGACGGAGCUCGACAGCACCACCUCCCCUGUCAACGUCCUGCACAAACACACCUCUGAAGGGCCGCUGGCGCCGCCACCGACGCCUGCGUCGCCGCAGUUCGACGGCGGGCACGACAGCACCAUCGACGCUCGCUUCGCCGCGGCGCAACAGAGGCAGCAUCAGCAGGCGACGGCAGCGGCAGGCUCAGGUGGCCCGGCGCGCAGGCCGGAGAAAACAACGUCUGCGGCAUCGCGCAUGAUUGCGGCUGGGCUGGGGAUGAGGGCGCCGAAGCGAACCGAGGAGGAGAGAGAGUACGACCGCGUCAUGCGGGAGAAGGAGCGAAAGAGGCGAGAGAAGGAGAGGGAGGAGGCGGCAUCUGCGAAGCAGAAGGAAGAAGAGGCAAAGAAGGCAAUUUGGGACGACUAG